GCUUGCGCGGUUGAGUCGGGUGCCGAUAGUCCAAGAUUCGUCUUCCGAACUCUGCAUAGGCUUAAGAAUGUCGUCUUCGAUGGUUUCCCAGCUGACGGAUGUCGAUCCAGAGAUUGCGAAUUUGAUAAAGAAAGAGAAACACCGUCAAUGUACUGGUCUUGAGAUGAUCGCUUCAGAAAAUUUCACAUCUCUUGCGGUAACGCAGUGUCUCGGUAGCUGUCUGACCAACAAAUAUUCCGAAGGCUACCCUGGUCAGAGAUACUAUGGAGGGAACGAGUUCAUCGAUCAGAUCGAGACUCUUUGCCAAACGAGAGCUCUCUCAACCUAUGGUUGCAAUCCCGCUGAGUGGGGAAUUAACGUUCAGCCUUAUUCGGGGUCUCCAGCAAAUUUUGAGGUAUACACCGCCGUGGUAGAGCCCCAUGGACGGAUCAUGGGUCUGGAUCUCCCGGAUGGCGGCCAUUUGACCCACGGAUUCUUCACCGAGAAGAAGAAGAUCUCCGCCACGUCGAUUUUCUUCGAGUCGAUGCCGUACAAGGUCGAUGCUCAAACAGGUCUCAUCGAUUACGACAUGCUCCAGAAGACAGCCCUCCUGUUCAAGCCGAAGCUGAUCAUCGCCGGCGUGUCGUGCUAUCCCAGGCACUUGGACUACAAGAGAUUCCGGCAAAUUGCCGAUUCCGUCGGCGCUUACCUCUUGGCCGACAUGGCUCACAUAUCUGGCAUUGUCGCGGCUAAAAUUGGUCCUAAUCCAUUCGAGUACUGCGAUCUCGUAACCUCAACUACUCACAAAACUCUGCGAGGUCCGCGGUCGGGCGUCAUUUUCUACAGGAAAGGCGUUCGCAGUAUUGACGCCAAGGGAAACAAAACGAUGUACGAUUUGGAAGAACGCAUAACCGCUAGCGUGUUCCCCGGACUCCAAGGAGGCCCUCACAACAAUGCCAUUGCUGGCGUUGCGGUCGCUAUGAAGCUAGCAGCGAGCACCGAGUUCCAGGAAUACCAAAGACAAGUUGUGGCAAACGCGCAGACCCUCGCAAAGGAAUUGAUGUCGAAAGGGUACAAAAUCGUAACAAAUGGGACCGACAAUCACAUCGUGUGGGUGGAUCUCCGACCGAAAGGCGUCAACGGAGCUCGGGUCGAACGAGUCCUCGAGCUAAUAUCGGUCGCUUGCAACAAGAACACCGUACCAGGCGAUAAGUCCGCCAUGAACCCGGGAGGUAUCCGUCUCGGAACACCAGCGCUAACUACGAGAGGGCUCAAAGAGGAAGACAUCAAACGCGUCGCGGAAUUAAUCCACAACGGCGUCGAGCUCGCCUUGGAGGUCAAGGCUUCCUGCACCACGACUCAACUCAAAGAAUUCAAAGACAAGCUCGAGGUCGAACCAUUCCGGUCGAAGUUGGAAACCAAGCGGAAGGAGGUCGAAGCCUUCGCCGGCAAGUUCUUCAUGCCUGGACUCGCAGAUAUGUAAAACGUCGGCGAUAAGAAGUCUCGAGAGGGGUUUCCGAUUAGCAUGAUCAGCGUCUCAGGAGACGAGCUCGUGCCGUACCCGAGAGACCUGAUACCCGAGGCCUGAAGAUUCGAUGCUGUUUUCUUACUCGCCGGAGCUCAUAGUGAAUGCCGGCCAUGUCAACUUAUGUCACCUCAGAUAUCGCGAUCGAUCAUGCUGCUCGGACACUCAGUGUGUGUAUGUGAUAAAUGGUCACGGAAUGGUUCUGCUCUGCGAAAGAUACGAUAACUUUGACUCGAGAAUAAACAUCCUUAUUUUUC